AUGGGCUUCCUGUCGUUGUGCGUGGCUUGCGGUGGUCUAGCGAUACUCGCGCAUGCAGGAUUCCCUUCGACACCCCAAGGACUCACAAUCAAGCAGGUAACGAGUAAACCUGGGGUCUCCAUCUCGUACAAGGAGACUACAAUAUGCGAGACACGAAGUAAAGGCUAUGCAGGAUACGUUCAUAUACCGAGCGCACAUCUGGACGACUCUGGAGAUGGCGACUCGUAUAACAUUUCGAUAUUCUUCUGGUAUUUCGAGGCCAGGAAACGGCCCCGUACCGCACAGACAGCGAUAUAUCUUGCGGGAGGACCAGGCAUAUCAUCAAUGUUUGGAGUCACGCUAUCUGGAGGACCAUGCACUGUGCUGCCGGACUCCAACAGCACUGAAAGCAACCCUUGGGCAUGGAACGAGCAUGUGAAUAUGCUAUAUGUAGAUCAGCCUGUUGGUACAGGUUUUUCGUACGAUGCCUUGAUCAACGGCACUAAAGAUUUGCUGUACAAUGGAGCUGGGGACUUCUACGAUGUGACGCCGCUGGAUGCGUACGAUGGAUUGCCACCUCGCGAGAACUUAACGACCCGCUACGGCACUUUCUCCAGUGAUAACGCCAUGCAUACUGCCAACAGUACAGCAAACGCGGCCCGUACUCUUUGGCAAUUCGCUCAAACUUGGUUCGUCGAAUUUCCUAGAUACAAGACGUCGGACAAGCGUAUCUCGUUCUGGGGCAACUCCUAUGGAGGUUAUUAUGCGCCUUUCAGCGCAGCAUACUUCCAGGAACAGAAUGUCAAGAUAAAGUCGGGGGCUCUAGCGGCACACGUCCUGCCUGUUAGCACAGUUGGGUGGACAAAUGGAUGCGUUGACAUGCUCUAUCAGGCGGAGUGGUAUCCUCAGAUGGCAAACAACAAUACAUAUGAUCUGCACAUCUUGCCCGAUGAUGUCUAUGCGGCGGCGAAAGAAUCAUGGAGCACCGAAAAUGGUUGCCGAGAUCAGAUUCUAGCAUGCCGCGAAGCAGGGAACGCCUACGAUCCGGAUGGUUACGGCAAUAAUAUCAGUGUCAACCAGCUAUGUCUGGCUGCCGAGUAUUACUGUGCCGCGAAUAUCGUCCUCUUGCCCUUCUCUUCAUCCACGACUCGGUCCGCGCUGGACUUUGCUCAUCUUUCUCCGGAUCCGUCACCGCCAUUGUAUCUACUGGGAUUCUUCAACCAAGCAUGGGUACAGAAAGAGCUGGGUGUACCGCUGAACUUCAGCAGCACGUCCUACCUGGUCUAUAACAACUUUAUUGCUGGCACGGCCGACGCGUUCCGUGCAGCGGGUUUGAAGAAAAUUGAAUACCUCCUCAAUCAGAAAAUAAAUGUCGCCAUGAUAUAUGGAGAUCGAGAUUAUCGCUGUCCAUGGAAUGGUGCGGAGAAGCUAUCACUCGCAGCAAACUGGACUGCAGCUCAUGCAUUCCGCUCAGCGGGCUAUGCGGACAUCAAGACCGGCGACUGUGGAAACAACGUUGGAGCUGUACGGCAGCGAGGUCACUUCUCCUUCAGCCGAGUCUUCCAGGCUGGACAUGACGCGGCCUUUGCACAACCCCGGACGACGUUUGAAAUCUUCACUCGAACUAUGCUUGGCUACGAUGUCGCGACCGGAAAGCACUUGGUAGACGACCGCUACACUACCAAGGGCCCGAGAGAUACUUGGCAUAUCAGAACACCUCUACCGCAGCUACCGCCUGCGUUCUCUUGCAACAUCUAUGCUGUCUCUACCACAUGUACGGCGGAGCAGUAUGAAGCGCUAUCUGCCGGCACGGCGGUCAUAGAAAACUCCACUGUCAUCUGGCCCAUUGGCGGAACUCCUGGGAAUCUCGCCGGCUUGUCCUGA